AUGGAUCAGCGCCGCAAAUCAUUCAAAACUGUCUACAACGGGUCAGAUGAGAACAGAGUCCAAACUCCAGAAACUGCUAAUACGUCUAACGUCAGAACAGUCACCAAUACGCUCAAACAGCCAAAUACUGAAUAUUCUACAAAAGACCGACAGGCACUCAAGAAACUUAUCAUCGCUCUCGGAAACAAAAGUCGUUUCCAAGAAGCGCAGAAUUCUCUCGAAGCAAUUGAGAAAAAUCUUCAGAAGGCCCGGAAAAACAGAGAAUCCACAGAAGAAGAUAUGGAAGAGGCGGAGGCCGAAUGGAAGUUUGAAGCCAUGUGCUCUGGAGAAGCAUACUAUGAGGACGGCAAGUGGAAAUGGCGUUAUUGA